AUCUGUGGUGUCCGGGACAGGUUAGCACUCCGGGGACACAGGCAGAAACAUGGUGCCAGCUGCGGUGCUCUUUGUUUUUGCAGUGGGUUGUGUGUGUGGAGCGGCGGCAGAAAGAAAACUAGUAUAUGUGACUGUGCGGCUCCAGGCCCAAUCAGUGGGACUCGCUUUACAGUUUCAGAACCGCUGGCUUUUAAAGGUUGUUUCGCCAUGGUGACAGGUCACCAGUCAAAGCCUAUCCUACUGACCCCCACCAAGAGAGCGACUGGCCGCAGGGCUUUGGCCAGCUGUCCCAGAUCGGGAUGCAGCAGCACUUUGAGCUGGGCCAGUUUCUGAGGGAUCGAUACAAAACUUUACUCAACGAAUCCUACGACAGGCACGAGAUCUUAGUUCGCAGUACAGACUAUGAUCGCACCCUCAUGAGCGCCGAGGCCAACCUCGCAGGCCUCUACCCUCCCAGUGGCCAGCAGGUCUUCAAGCCCGACUUGAAGUGGCAGCCCAUACCCGUCCACACUGUGCCGCAAAGUGAAGAGAGGCUUCUCUCAUUUCCUUUGAAAGACUGUCCUCGCUACCAGCAGCUGAUGAAUGAAACUGAGCACACUGAGGAAUUUUUAAAUGUUACCGCAACAUACCAGGACAUCAUAGAGUUGGUAAGGAACAAAACAGGCCUGAAUCACACCACUGUGGAAACAGUGUGGGGUGUGUAUGACACACUCUUCUGUGAGUCUCUUCAUAACAUGCCAGUUCCUGAUUGGGCCUCUCCUGACGUCAUGAAGAAGCUCCAGAAGCUCAAAGACUUUGGAUUUCAGGUCAUAUUUGGAGUGUACAACCAGCAGGAGAAGAGCCGGCUGCAGGGAGGCAUGCUGCUGGGUGAAAUAGUGAAGAAUCUCUCCAGGAUGGCCAUUCCAGACCCACAACGACGACUCAAAAUGAUGAUGCUCUCAGCGCAUGACACCACUGUAACUGCUCUCCAGGCCAGUUUGAGCGUUUUUAAUGGAAUACAGCCACCAUAUGCCUCCUGCCACAUGAUUGAGCUGUACAGGGACGACAACGGCGCUGCUUCGGUGUCGAUGUUUUACCGGAACGACAGCAAAGUGAAACCGUAUCCGCUUCAGUUACCGGGCUGCUCCCUUGACUGCCCCCUGGAUGAGUUUGUAAGAAUCACAAAGCUCUCCAUCUCGGAAGACCGGGACAAAGAGUGUCAGCUCCCUUCAAAGGGGACAGAUAAACAGGUAAUCGCCUCCCUGGCAGUGGCUGGAUGUCUGCUCCUCCUCCUCGUCGUGCUCCUCCUCGGUUUUCUUUGUCGGUACAAAGAGCCAAUGAGCAACCGGGGAUACCAGCAUGUGAUCAACCGGGACGUCGGAGAGUAUUCCUGACAGAAGCAUAAACUCCUUCCUCGGAGAUCUGCAAGCCUUGCAUCUUGGGAGAGCAGCGAUGACGAUGAACUUUGAACUCUAACCUGUUCGCUUGCAGAAAAAUUCAAAAACUCGAUCCAGAGAAUUACAACCUGGCAAGACUUCAGAUCUGGAGAUACAAGAGGGAAAUAUUCUUGGUUUUAACAUCGAUGAACUGAAUUUAAUUUUUUACAUAAUUUUUAGCUGAGACUGAAAAUAUAAUUUUUUUUAAUUAAAAAUUAAUUAGUAGAUUUUAAUUAAGUGGGUAGAGGAUAAACUGGGGGUGAGGGGGGCAUUCAGUUUUAAGAGUCCUGAUUUUAUAAAUGCGGAUUAAAGACAACAGCUGUGCUGUCAUUUCGGCUACAUUUACAUGUAAAAUGUUCUCUGAGAGAGAACACUAUACUGUCAGCUCAUUCAUGGGUGCUGCUGCUCACUCCUGUGUGUGUGUGUGUGUCUGUGUGUGUGUUUUUCUUUUUUAAUUUUCAUAAUGUGAUUUGAUUUUAAUUUAGCUUGCAGUAGCAUUUUGACAUCUGAUGUCAACUGAAAUCAAAUGAUAGACUAAAGCACUAAAGCCUUCCUUUCACUUCUCAUCAUGUACGAUUAGGGAAUUUAACGCCGUGGUGACAUGGCAUUGUGUGGUUAAUGUUAAGGGCCUAUUAUACCUGCCGUUGUCACCCACGCAAGCACUGGAGCACACAAUCCACUGGCGCAAGCUGCAAUUUGGUGUCGUUUUGACUGGUUUUGCAGCUCUAAAUUUUUGUAGCUUUGCGUGGUUGCUGCAGCCAGCGUGCCCAACUUGAAGACACAAGUGUAGGAUUGUUGUUUUUGUCAAUUCAGUGACAUAUUAGUGCAGAUGCACAGAGAUUCCCAGAUUAGGAAAUGAAGAUUUCUUUGCUUCUGGUUUUGACAACUUCUAUACCAGCGCUGAUGCAAAGGUCUGAGUCACGAUAUAUGUGAUUCAGGAGAAUUGAGCUGGAAGUACCUUCCCCCCUCAGCAGUAGUCUAAAAAGUGUCAGGGCAGUGCUGACGCCACAGUUUGCAUGCAGUACUCCCAAUGCAGUGACCAAAAUGGGCCCCUUAAAUACUGUGGCAUGAUGACGUGUUUCAGUGUCUCCUGGAGCCCCUACUGGGUAAGCGAGCCACGUGUUACUAACUCUUCUCCAAGUUGUCUUGGAGCAGCUGUUAACCCCGCUUUGUCCAGUUCAGCUUCACUAAGUGCCACGCUGGAAAAAUGUGUCUCAUACAGUCAUUUCAUAUAUGCAUACAUUCGGUCCUCAUAAAGCCUUCAGCCAAUUCACUAAAAGGUUUUUUAACCUUUGUCAAAUUUAGUCAAGCAAAAUAAUGAUUUCUGAUUACAGUUCUAAAAGAAGGCUGCGAUACAGCCAACUCUCAAUGUGUUUCACAAGCCUGAAAGUCUGCAAGUCAAGCCUGUUUCUCAGUGUUGAACAUGGCAACUCGAUGACUGUUGAGGAUUCAGAAAAGUAAUGUACCUGUCUGGUUUAGCAUUUGCAUUUCUGUGCGGACUACAGCUAAAACUUGGUAGGACAACAUUUUUACAAACCUCAGCUGGUUCGCAGGGUGGAAUAAAGUUUGUGAAGGGCCAGGCAGUGGGUGUUAUUUAGAUUCUCUAGCUUUUCAGAUUUGGCCAUUCCAAUUUUUUAAUUACAUUUUAUUUAUAUGGCGCCAAAUCACAACAAUCGCCUCAUGGUGGUUUCUAUUGUAAAGACAGUAAUUACAGAGAAAGCCCAACAGUCAAAACGACCCCCUAUGAGCAGCACUUGGCAACAGUGGGAAGGAAAAACUCCUUUUUAACAGGAAGAAACUUCCAGCAGAACCAGGCUCAGGGAGGGGCAGUCAUCUGCCACGACUGGUUUAAAACUAAAAUAAAUUAUUAGUAAAUGAGACUACUAGAAAACUAAUUGUCAUGCCCUGAUUAGUUGAUUAUGUGGUUCUGUUAAUUUGCUAAGGAUGUUUAGUGCAGCAUCUGUGUCAAAUGUUUCUGCUGUGCACUUGUAAUUAGAUCAUGACAUUUUUUUUUUCAUGUAAUUAUACUUUUAAUUGCAAAUUUGUGCUUUGCUUUCAUAAAUCUGCCACUAAGUGUGUUGACUCCAGCCCCUUAUGAUCGAGAUGCCUUAUACCUUUUUAAUAAUUUUUUUUAAUGCCGUGAUACAUUUACUGUUACAAACUUCAUUUCAGCUGUGUGUGUUUGAUGAAUUAAAAGGAGCAGCAGGGCUGUCACUGCCACACAGUGUCAGCUUUGCUCUCUUGGUAGCCAAAUCUUAGCAAAAUAGAAUAUAUGGGGAUAUCAACAAGAAUCAUCAAGGUUUUGUUUUUGGUUACAGGUGUAACCAGUGUUUAUUUUUUCCAGCUUCCAUUUUAAUUAUAAUCAAUUUAAGUGUGGAAAACUGAAAAUUUUUACUUUUAUGCAUCUUUCAAUCCCUGCCUUAUUUUUAAUACUUUAAUUUAAGUCAUAAAAAUUCAUGAAUGGUAUGAAAAAAUUUAAGCUCACCAUGUUUUACAAAACUUUUAGACUGUAUAUAAAAGAUGGGGGGUAGUAUCUAAUGCUAAUGGCCACACCCGCUAGCAAAAAGUGAUGAUAGUAAUCUGUUCCGCACAGCACAGUGCUGAACGAUCAACCGCCAACUAUAAUUUUUUAAGGCAUUAAAAGUUACAGUGUAUAAAAUCUCACCGCUAUAUAUCAAUAGACUGCAGAUUGUAGUCAAUAUGGCAGGUGUCCACGUCUGUUUACUCCAGAGGAAGCUGUAAAUCUUUGUGAAAGGAUGCAGACACGGGUCGAUGGGCCAGUGGUACUGAGGUGAGUUGUUGUUGAGGAUAUCCUGAACUUUUCCGUCAGUAAGUGCUGCUGUUUUUGUUGCUGGUAGGAAUUUAUUAUACUCUUGACACUUGGAAAAUAAACUCUCAUACAAUUUGAGAAUGUAAUCAAACUUUAUCAGAGGGAGUGUGUGAUUUUUAGGACACUCAAGUCUAACAUUAGGUAGAAUCAUGUUAGCUUAUAAUCAGCUGUUAACUGUCCAUUGUUAGGAGAAUCACGUCUAAUUUGUUGACAACUAAUUGCAAUAUCAUCAGGAAUAACAGCAAUGUCCAUCUCAGCCACUGUAUUCAAGAUGGCGCUCCAACAUGGCGGCUUCCACAAACCAGCACCCACUUCUAAGAAUUAAUCCAUUAAAAUGACAAAGUUUAUGAGAAUGGAUAAAUUUGUUGGAGGACAUAAAUAUACAUUGAUUAGAGCA